AUGAAUUUUUCUUAUAAUACAUCAAAAUCAUUAUCAUCAAUUUCUAUUUAUCAUAAUUCACAUUUUUCACUUGAUGAUAUCGAAUCCGUACUUGAGCCUUUAUUUGGAAGUUAUUAUGGUAUUGAACAACUACGUACCAUAAUUUCUAGUGCGGAUGAUAUAUGGUGUGUUUAUGAUAGAGAAAACAAUAAUUAUGUUGCUUGUGCACUUGUACAAAGCUUUCAUACAGAUAAAGUGCUCUAUGUGAACUUAUUUGGUGUUGAACAAUCUCAUCAAGGUCAAGGUAUUGGCACACUUCUACUGAAAAAAAUGAAAAGCUGGGGACGAAAAAAAAAUUAUUCUGCGAUUAUCUUACAUACACAAGUAAAUAAUUAUAAAGCAAUUGGAUUAUAUGAAAAAGUUGGAUUUAUUAAACAAUAUUAUGCAAAAAACUUUUUUCCUCCACGUGGAUUUCUUUCAUUUUUUCAAUAUCAUGAACCAGAUGCAUAUCAGAUGAUUUUAUAUUUGUAA